AGCAACACUGCUCAGAUGGAGAUAGCUCAAGUUAUUUAUUUUGUGUUUUUCAUUGAAUCAAGCAGUUUCAUUCGCUCCGGAAAUCCUUCGUUGGAAAAAUAAGUUUAUAGUUUAGUUGACGGGUGAAAAAUCAUGUGUAUGGCUGUAACAAAUAAACACCAAAAAUAAGCGUUCAGUAAACUGUGCGAGCUUAUGGAAAGACACUGAUUACGCUGUAAAUAACAAUAGAUACUCCGAGAUGGCUGUUUACUGUUGGGGAAGCACUGUCCAUGGUGAACUUGGACUAGGCGGCAUCGAAGAGGAACAGGUAAUGCUUCCUCGGGAAAUGGACUGGUGUCAUGCUCCCACGGUCGAAAAAGCUGCCUGUGGGGGUUCACACACAUUACUGUUGACGAAGGAGGGCAAGUUGUUUUCCUGUGGCAACAACGACUACGGCCAACUCGGGCAUGAUACGGCCAGUCUACCAAACAAAAGGCCACGUAUGUCCCAGUUUAAAUAUGUCUCGUCGCUAGAAAACUAUGCUAUCACACAGAUCUGUUGUGGCACUUCACAUUCACUUGUGCUAACAAACUGGGGCCAGCUAUUCAGCUGGGGAUCCAAUUUACUCGGCCAGCUUGGCCACGAUACAGAACUGACCAAUUAUCCAACGCCACGGAUGAUUAAAACGAUUGCCACCAAGCAUGUGGUACAGAUAGCAUCAGGUCAGUUCCAUUGCCUUGCGCUAACCAACAACGGAGAACUGUACUCCUGGGGUGCCAAUGGAUACGGUCAACUUGGGCAGGGGAAAACGAACGAGAAAAUUGUGAACCCAACACUGAUAAAAUCGCUAGCAGGAAUUCCCAUCGCUUUUAUUGCCUGUGGAGGUAAUCACAGUUUCGCUAUAUCCAAAUCUGGUGCAAUAUUUGGAUGGGGAAAGAACACCUUCGGCCAGCUGGGGCUGAAUGACCUCAGUUCUCGUUGCUAUCCGACCCAGUUGAAGACGCUCCGUAGCCUUAGUGUGCGUUACAUUAGCUGUGGAGAUGACUUCUCCGUAUUCCUCACGAACGAAGGAGGUGUGUUCACGUGCGGAGCCGGAACAUUCGGACAGCUUGGCCAUGGGACGUGUAGCAAUGAGAUUCUUCCGAGGAUGGUAUUCGAACUGAUGGGAAGCAAAAUAACGCAGAUAGCCUGCGGUCGACGACACACUCUUGCGUUUGUUCCUUCGCGAGGGAAAAUUUAUGGCUUUGGAUUGGGAGGCGUUGGUCAGCUAGGGGUAGGAGUGAGCGCUAGUUACAAUACACCUCAAAUAGUGCGAGGUCCAUGGAUUGAUUAUGGAUCAGGUCGACUGAGCCGAACGAGUCUCGAAUCAUCGACACAACUCUUCGUUAGUCGGAUUUUUUCCGGGGGAGAUCAGUGUUUCGUUUCGCUGCUGACAGACUACACGAAAGAUGAUGGACCGGCCGACUACAGGCUGUACGAUCCUAGUACGCAAAUCUUGACGAUAACUGAGGACAUCAAUAAAACCAUUGCCACCAUCCAGCCGGAUGAAACCAUCGAUAUGGAUCUGAUCUCGACAGUGGAAACUGUGUUCAAAAGCCUAGCAUGUAUCAACGGAUCGUGGUUGCUACCUAACGAUAUGCAUUUCUGUUGCACUUCCAAACACCCUGGGGUGGAUGUUGGCGCGGCGGAGGAAACAUUUGAGCACAUCCGUAAAAUUGAGCACGAUACACUGAAGCAAUUGAUUUGGGAAGCAAUUUCAGUAGAUCUGCUGGGUUCACUCGUCGCUUCACCGGCCGAUGUGGAAACAUUGCGAGCAUACGUAACGCUGCCAGUGUAUCACGAAUUCAUUAACUCAAAGAAUUAUCUCAAAUUACACACGCCAUUCAGCCAAGCGGUCCAGAACCUAAUGGAUGUUCCGUUCAAAAUCGUCGCCCAGUGGUGGUCGAAGCAGACGAAGGAUUAUUUCGAAAGAAUGGUGGAAAAUUUCAAGAAUGUGAUACUGUAUAUAAUAAAUUUUAAAUUCACCAAAGUGGUUGGCUCGGAGGAAAAGCAGCCGGUUCGAUAUGAAGCGAACCUGGCGUCGAUGCUGAACAUCAUGGCGAUACUGUACAAAAUCAAUCAUACUCAGCGAUCACAGAAACUGCCUUACGAACAAUUCCACAUCAACGAGAUCGACGAUCUGCUCGAUAUCCGGAUGGAUUAUGUCCGCUGGAUAAUGGAUUCAGGCGGGAACUAUUUCUCGCUGUGCAAUUAUCCGUUUAUCUUCAACGCAUCGUCCAAAACGUUACUGCUGCAGACUGACCAAAGCAUUCAAAUGACUGAGGCAAUGCAAAAUGCGGCUUGUGUAAAUUUUUUCUCUAUGUUCCAAUCGGAUCCACACAAUGCGUCGCAAUUCAUCGUGCUGAAUGUGACGAGGGAUAAUAUUGUUCAGGAUACGAUCCGAGAGUUAGCCCAAUACACGGCUAAUGAUUUGAAAAAACCGUUGAAAAUUCGCUUCCACGGCGAGGAAGCCGAAGAUGCCGGAGGUGUUCGGAAGGAAUUUUUCAUGCUCCUACUUAAGGACAUUCUGGAUCCAAAGUACGGCAUGUUCAAGACGUUUGAAGAAUCACGCUCCAUUUGGUUCACGGAGGAUUACUUCGAGAACGAAGACAGUAUGUUCGCAUUGAUAGGAAUACUCUGCGGGUUGGCUAUAUACAAUUUCACCAUAAUUAAUUUGCCAUUUCCGCUGGUGCUCUACAAGAAACUGCUGGAUGAAGAGGUGGAGCUCAGCGACCUGAUGGACUUAUCGCCAACGUUGGCGAGAUCGAUGCAGAGCAUCUUGGACUACUCCGAGCCGGAUCUGGAGGAAGUUUUCGAUCUGACGUUCUCCACCACAAGAGACUACUUCGGCGAAAUGCAGUCGAUUGAGCUCAAAGCUGGAGGGGAGAAAAUUCGGGUGAAUCAGGAUAAUAAGGACGAAUUCGUCAAACUCUAUAUCGAUUACAUGUUGAACAAAUCGGUGGAGAAUUCAUUCAAACAGUUCCGUUUUGGUUUUAUGAAAGUCUGUGGAGGACGAGUUCUCAAGCUGUUCAAGGCACAUGAACUGAUGGCGGUUGUUAUUGGGAACGAAGAGUACGACUGGAUGGCACUGGAGGAACAAGCAGUUUAUAAGAAUGGUUACAAAUCCAGUGAUCAGACGAUUCGAUGGUUCUGGGAAGUCUUCCACGAGUUGUCUCUAGAAGAGAAGAAGAACUUCUUGCUUUUCCUAACCGGUUGCGAUCGAAUUCCGAUACAGGGAAUGAAAGCUAUCAAAAUAUACAUCCAACCAACCACUGACGACAAAUUCCUCCCGGUUGCCCAUACCUGUUUCAACCUAUUGGAUCUACCGCAGUACAAGACAAAAGAAAAGCUGAAGUACAAGUUGCUCCAAGCAAUACAACAAACUCAGGGUUUUAGUUUGGUGUAAUUUCUGUUGGGUAUAUCGGUAUGCCAGAUAUCGGAUGCUAGAAGACCACUUCAAAUGACAUAACAUCGUCGAAGAAUAAAAUCGUUAGCGCGAAUUUUAUUACCAAACCGUGCGUGUAGAAUAAAUAUUAGAAGAAUAAAAAAUCAAAGAGUUGUGAUUGAACUUAUGCGUCUUAUGCAAACGCCAAUAGCAAUGGUUUGUAGAUCCAAAUAAACUAUUGGAAUGUGUAGAUGCUACAAUGUAGUUAGAACCCAGGUUUUUCAAAUACCGGUGAAAACGGGCGUGAAUUAUUUUUCUUGAUUUUAUAAAUGUAGAGAUUGAUUAUAUAAUUUGAAGGCAUUCCUCCCAUCUAUAUGCUUAGCCGUUCGAUAUGUGUAUACGUAUACGUAUAUUAAUUGGAUGGCCUGUUUGGUAUUACAGACAUUUAUAUAUGCCACCGCAAUAGAAGUAAAGAUGCCAAAACGAGUAACUCCGUCUGAGUUCACGUCACGCCACACAAUGAUUGUUAUUUAUAGUUAUGGAGGAAUAUUGAUUUGUUGAUCCGCUGCAUCAAUAUAAUUCGCUUUUAUAUAAAA